AUGCCUGAAUGGACUCGUCCAACAUUUGAAUUGUUAUCACCAGAUUUGAACAUGAGACCUAGAAAGAUGAGCAGCAACAUGGUGUCCAAAGAUGUCCACCAUCUUCCAUACCUUUUCUUGGGCAAUCAAGCAUAUCUCAUCAAUGAAUCAUUACACGAAAAGAUGAAAAAUCUCAUCAAUGAAUCAUCAUCACUCAAAAUGGAGAAAAAUAUUAGUGACUUACCCGAUAACAUUCUUCACCAUAUUCUUUCAUUUCUCUCCACCAAGGAUGCUGUCAAAACAUCCAUAUUAGCAACAAAGUGGAGGUACUUGUGGACCCAAUUAUCCGUCUAUGAUUUUCAUAUUAUUAGUCCUUCUCAUUCUCAAAAUCAAAACUCAGCAACAGCAAAUUCUCUUUUAGGUUUAGUCACCACACUACUUCACAAAUCUAAUGUAGAAAUACAAAGCCUCGCCAUUGAAAUAACACCUCGAGUUAUUUGGGAUGCACACAAUCAUUUUUCUCGACUAUCAGUUACUCUUGAUGCACGCAAACUUACUUCUUUACUAUCUUCUCUACUUACCCACAAAGUUCAGCACCUUCAACUUUUCAUAAAUGAUAUAAAAUAUCGAAAUACCACUUGUGUGUUACCCCGUUGUUUCUCAACUUCUCACUCAUUGACUAAACUAUCAUUACAACUUGGCGGCUUUACACUAUUUAUUCCUACCGGUAUUCUAUUCCCUACCCUCAAGACUUUAAAUCUUUCAUAUGCUACCUUUGAAAGUGACAAGUCAAUUAAACAAUUUUUUUCUGAGGGGUGCCCUGUCCUACAAGAAUUGACUUUGAACUAUUGCUAUUGGUUGUACAUCAAGCAAAUCACCAUUGCUACCUCCACAUUGAGGAUUUUGACCAUCCGUUCUGACCCUUAUUGCCUAAAUUGUGAUGAUUUAUCCGAUUUCUCAGUCAAGAUUGAUGCUGUCAAUCUUGUAUCUUUAACUUGCACAAGUCGUCCAAGCAUACAAUAUAUCAUUGUUAACCCCCCAACUUCCAUAGUUGAUGCAUAUAUUGAAUUUGACACACGCCUUCCAAUUACGUAUUUAAUGCAACAUGUUUCCUCUCCUUAUUCGGUUGUGCUACUGAGUGGACUUGCAAGUGUCAAGUCUCUUACACUAUCAAAGGACACUUUUAGGAAACCUCUCUAUGUAAUUGAUCAUCUCCAUCUCCUUCCUGAGUUCCACAAUUUGACACAUCUUUGUCUGACUUUGGAGAUUGACUUCAGUAGAAAAACAUUAAUGGAAUUUCUCCUAAGGUGUCCUAAACUGGAAGCACUUGUUUUACCUCUGGCAGUUACCAAAUUCUUGGAUAUGAAUGACUCGACAUUAAUUCCAGUGCCUUGUUGUUUCAAAUCUUCUCUCAAGAUGCUUCACAUUUCAACAUAUGAUGGAUCUGAUCGUGGAAUCCAAUUCAUUGAGUUUGUUUUAAAAAAUGCAAGACUUUUAGAGGACAUCCAGAUAACUUAUUCGGCAUAUAUACGAGAUAAAUUCCACAACUUUUUCAUGAACCUGGCGGAUGUCAAGAACCAACUUGCAGGCAUGGGAAGUUGUGAUAUUAAGUAUCAUGAAAAAAAAAAAUAUUGGUAG